AUGAUAUAUGAUCCCAUCGAUUUCGAGGCUUUGAAAAAGGAAAUCAAAAACGAAGAGGAAAAUAAUAACUCCAGAGCUGAUAACCGACAUAAUCUCUUAUCAAAUGCAAAAAUAAAAUUCAAAAUAAUAAGUCCCUUCUACCUAUAUAAUUAUAUGCAACUUCUUUUAGACCAGGGGAAAAAUAAAAGUAUAUUUAUCGUAGACAUAAGAAAUGGAAACUUCCAUAAUCAAGAAUAUAUUAAAAAUUCUAUACACAUAAGUGAUACUAACAAAAUAAAUGGAAUUAAAAAUGAAAUAAUAAAAAAAAAAAACGAAAAUAUUAAAAUUAUAUUUUAUGAUAAUGAAGAUGCUCAAGAACUAAAUAAGUAUCAAAAUAUUGUGGCUUUUCAUUUUUCAGAUCUUAAAGCUGAUUUAUAUUUUUUAAAAGGAGGUUAUACAAAUUGGAAAAAAGAAUUCUAUUUUCUUUGCUUAAAGGGUGAUCAAAAAGAUGGUUCUAUUCCUGCUACUAUUGUAAAUAAUAAUCUUAAUAUCAUAACUAAGCAUAUUAAUAGUGCCAGAAGUAUCGACUCUUUGGCUCCAUAUAUUAACUAUCCCAUAAAAAUAUGUGACAAUGUCUAUGUAGGAAAUAUGAUCCAUAUUAAUAAUAUGCUUGUAUACAGAUAUUUAGAAAUAUCAUGUGUAUAUGAUUUUACUUCCUCUGGUUUUGCUGUGAAAAAUAAUAAAGAUGUCAAAUAUUUAAGGUACAAUACUACAAAAGGAGAAUUUGAAUAUAAAAACACCCAAAAAGAUGCCUCCAUAAAUUAUAUUACCUUUUUAGAUAACAGUAUGAUUUAUCAUAUUAUAAGUAGUAUGGUUUUAAACAUAAAUUUUGGCCAUGUAGAAGACGAUAAAAUUGAAAAUAAUUCUGAUAAUGCUAUAAACAAAUCUGGACAAAAUAUAUUAGAAAGUAAUGCUAUUAUGAAUAACAAUAAGCAUCAGCCUAAUAAUUUUAAAAAAAAUAUUUUAAUAAUAUGCAAUGAUGGAAUAAAAGAAGAAUCAAACAAACAAAAAAUCAACAGUAUUAGUUUAAUAAUUUCGAUGUGUUAUAUUAUAUAUAGUAAAAAGUAUAACCUUAAUUUAGCAAUUGCUUAUAUGAUUAAAAUAUGCAAUAAUCUGAGUAUAGCUUCUCAAACGAGAACGAUUUUACAAAAUUUUUACAACUACUUAGUACGAAUUAAUUUUAAUAUACAUAUAAACCCCUCUUCUAAGGAUAAUAUAAAUAAUCGAAAAUGUAAAAUUGAAAAUUCUAAAGAUUCUUCUAUUAAUACUAUGGAUAAACCUCCUAAUAAUCAUAAUAACAGAGACACACAACAACCACAAAUUAAUAAUUCAAAUAAAGAAAUAGUAAUAGAUGCUUUAAAAAAUGAAGAACUUCUUAACUUAAUUAAAAAAUAUGAAAUAAAUAUUUCCCAUAUUCUACUAGAUUAUUCAAAGGAAUAUGUUGUUUACAUAAAUAAAGAAUACAUAAUAGAAGAUAUUGAAAUAAUUGAAGAAAAAGCUCAAGAAAUUGAAUAUACUUAUUAUGAAUAUUUAAUUCAAUCUCUGUUAUAUUACAUAUAUAAUAAAAAGGACCAAGAUAUAAACCAUGAUAAAAUAAAUAGUUUAUUAAAAAUAUUAAAAAAUAUCAAUAGUGAUAAUAAAAUAGACAACUCAUAUAAAUUCCCUUAUUGCUCAUUAAUUUUAAUAAACUUAUGUAAAAUCCUUAAUUUUGAAAAUUCAACUGAAUUCGAAAAUGCAGAAAAAAUAAAAUAUGAAUCGUAUACAAAUAUUCAAUUUGAUAUAUUUUCCAUAUUAUGUAAUAGUAUUAUUACAUGUAUUGAUUUUAUUAUAUACAAUUAUGAAAAUAAUUGCAAUUUUAAAAUAACUUCAAAAGAAUACGAAUUAACGAUAAAGACUACAUCUCAGGACUUAAAAGAUAAAUCUAUUGAUAAAAAUAUUUAUAUGAUAUUUUUAUCAUUAAAAUAUUUAUUAAGUGUUUUUUUCCAGUUUUAUCUUCAUCCGUCUAUUUCGAAAAACAAAUUUUCAUAUAUAGACCAAAUAUAUAAUACACUACAACAAAUUGAUAAGUUCGCAGAUUAUUAUUAUUCUAUUUUUAAUAUAAAUAUUAACUCAUUUCUAAAUAACAACUAUAAGGCACAAAUAUGCCCCUUUGAUUAUUUGCCACUUUACCUUUCCGAUAUAUUAAGGCCAUUUAUUAUAAUCACCAAUUACCUGGAGUAA